UUUUUUUUUUUUUUCCUUUUCAGACGCUCGUUCUAUAACCCGCCGCGUGCGUGAAAAUGGAUCAAAGUCUCGUGCAAGAAGAGGAUGGAGAGCGACUUUGACUGACCACAGUUUUCAAUAACAUGGAGACAGCUUGUUCGGCGGGGCGUCAUCCAGCAGCAUGAUCGGAGCGUCCAGCCUGUCAGGUGACACUCUGAUCGCCUGCCACUUCCCCGUGGUGCAGCUCCCCGCCUGGCAGCUUCCCGUCCAGGCCCUGUGCGGCUCGGCCAAGAGGCCCGGCCGGCUGUGCCCGGUGGGCCUGACGCGGGCCGUGUCCCUCCCGGAGCGGGACUCGCUCGCCCGGGAGCAGCACGCCUUCGCCGUCUGCCGCCGCCACUUCUCCAGCAGCUACGGCAGCCUGAACGAGGAGCGCACGGAGGAGGAGGGCGCCAGCGACAGCAGCGGGAGGUACGACUCCAACUCCUCGCCGGAAGAAAGCGGCUCGCACGCGAAGGACGGAGGCGCCGGGGCGAGGGGGAAUCCGCGGUCGCACAACUCAUUUCUGCCCAACACAGACCUGGACGAGGAUGAGGAGGAUGAGGACAUCGAUGGAGAUAACCUGCACCGAUACCACGAGGACUCUUCUUUUGUGUUGCAUGGGAACUCCAACUGGCCGCUCAGUAACGGCGACGCAAAUUACGCGAUGUCGCCCCGGGACCCGGACAGCGAGUGGGGGAACGAGGGGACGAUGCUGGGAACCGGGAGGGGCCACCGGUGGCUCUCCAACCAGCCGGAGCCGCAGCCGCCCGACUGCCCCUGCUUCCACGACAGCAGAUCGGCGAUGGCGUGUUCGGAGGAGGACUCGGACCCGACCUGUCGAGUCCACAGCGUGCGCAGACUCUCGCCGGACCGGCUGUCGAACGGCCACACGGAGUACGUCAGCGACUCCUCCUGCAACAGCUCCGACGGCGUCCUGGUGAAUUUCUGCACCAUUUACAACCGGAGCAACAAUCCCGCCACGCCUCGCGAUCUCAGCAGCCCCGCCCUCCGCCCCUCCCCGUCCCCCGAGGGCUCGGUCUUCCUCAACCUCCAGCCGGUUUCCCAGAGUCUAGCCGCCGACGUCCACGGCGCCGGGAAGCCCCCGGCCUCCGGCUGGUCGCCUCAGGGCCUCGACUCCAACUGCAACCUGUACUCGCUGGAGCCGCUGGCCCCGGGCCUGUCCUCCCUGGAGGUGUCCGACCUGACUGCCUGUCUCCAGAGCCAGGCCGCCCUGGCUGUGGGAACCAACCAGAAGUACUACAAGCUGGUGACGUGUGACCUGUCCUCCCAGUCGCCCAGCCCGGCGUGGUCCAGCCUCACCGGCUGCCCCGAGGGGCCCGGCAGGGGCAGCCCCUUCCUGCUCUCGCUCGAUCACAGGACGGAGCGGCAACACAGCGACGUCAAGAAGGAGAAAGAGGAUCAGCAGAAGGAAACGAGGCUCUCUUCAGCACAAUCUGCCUCUGGGUCAGACUGUUCUCUGCUUCAGAUGCACGACUACCAGGUUGCAACCACCUCCACCGCGAAAGCCCUCUGCAGGAGGAAGCAUCCAGAUGGCGUCCAGAGCCUCUCCCACUCGCCUUGCUCGCUGUGCCCCGGCCAGAGUGGCCCACAUAGCAGCAAAUGCCAAGACGCCAGGGCCGCGUCCACACAGCCAUCUGCGAGCCAGGACCGGGAGCACGAUCGCGCCGAUGCCGCAGAGACGGGAGUGAGUUCAGCAGAAAAUAUGGUUCGAUACAGUAAGGCCCAGAGGCCGACCUCGCUGCCCAUCCAGCCUUUUGUUCUGGUCCCCUCAGGAAAAGCGCCGUCCCAAGCCCAGCACCUGGGCUGCCUGCUGGAACAGUACAUUAAUAAAAAAAAUGUCAAGUCUGGCAGUUCACAGCCCGGCCUGAAGUUUAAAGGGAAAAGCAGCCAGUGUCUUUCUAAUCUCCAGUCGUCGCCGAUGGAAAACCAUUUCCCGGUGGUGUUGGAGGCUCCGACCAGCUCUGACACCUGCUCCACGUGCACGCCCACCCCGGACUGCUUCACCUACAAACGCAUGUGGGGCCACCCCAACAGGAACCAGCGCUGUCCAAGCCCGUGCACGUCAAAAAGCAGCCCGAAGCCCGCGGCGGCUCAGGACAAAUCAAGUCCCUGCUCCGACAAAACUCAGACCAACACUUUUCUGAAGCCAACGUCGGCCAUGAGCCAGCCCGGCCUGGUGAAAAUCCCCACCUACCAGGACCUCAUCAACCUCACGCCCAAGCAGGGCUACACCAGUCCCAGGCCCAGAGCGUCCAGUCGGCCGAAGACGUCCCACCACCCGGUGCUCUCCCACACGCCCCCCACUUUACCCCUCACCACAGACACCCUGCAUCCCAACAGGCAGGUGUCCCAGACUCCCCCGACGGCGCCGCCGCCGCCGCCGCCGCAGCAGCAGAGGUGUCCUCAGUACCGAGCCGCACCCGCCGCCGAUUCGGGCUUUUUUCACAGCAGCUUCACGGCAGCCCUUUCCUCCGUGGCGCCGCUGUCCUCUCUGAGUUCUCUCUUCUCUCUGGCCGCUUCUGGCCUGCAUCCCCAACAAAUCCAGGACUCUGUGGGACUCGGUUUGAAGCCCGGUCAGAGCCGUCACAGUGAGUCCCUCAUCCUGAGCGACAGGCCGCCUACAGAGUUCUGCCUGUCGCCUGAUACAUCUUACGAGUCGAUGUCCAUCAGCCAUCUUCAGAGGCGAGGUUUGUUGAGAUCUGUGAGCAGAGCGGUGGAUUUGAUCAUGGCUCAUUUCGGCAGCAGCAGGGACCCCGAAGAAAAGAUGCGUCUGGGUAACAGCUCCUGCAGUCCCACCAUCGCUGGUCUGGUCCUGGAACACUUGUGUCCGGCGGUUCAGAAUAUUUUAGAAGACGGCCUCCGCGAUCACAAACUGGACGUCAUAAUCGGACAGCGGCGCAACCACUGCUGGGGCGUGGUGGAGAUCUCCACGAGAAUCGGUCCGUCCACCAGGGUCCUGCAAAGCCUGGUCUCCAAAAUCAGACAGUGUCCACAGCUGACCAGCCACUGCAUGAGGCUGAGAGCCUUCAUCAUGGGCCUGCUCAACUUGAGAGCUUUGGAAUUUUGGCUAAGUCACCUCCAGAGUCAGAAAGAUGUGGUGAAAACUUACUACCACUCCUGGGGGUUCCUGUCCAUGUCGCUGGGUCGGUGCCAGCCUUUGUUUCAGGAGCUGCUGCUGCUGCUGCAGCCCCUCUCCGCGUUGCCCUUCGACCUCAACCUGCUCCUGGAGCCACGGCUGCUGCGCCACAGGCAGCUGUGCUCGGAGGAUCGGGGGGUUUCUCCCCCUCAGCCGUGCUCGGCGCUGCUGGCCACCAGCUGGCCGAGACUACACGUCGACAAGAAGGUGGACCGAGUCUACAGCAGCCAGCAAACCAAGGUUUCACCCCUCCGGGAGUCUUUCACUCCUCAGAGUUUAAGCUUCUACAAGCAGCAGCAGCAGCAUGGAGGCCUUCAGGCCAACAGGAGCCCAGCGUUGGCUCCCAUUCCGGAGUGGUGGCCGAAGGAGCGCGAGCCGGUGGACGGUGUGGUGGAAGGAGAGGACUGCAGCAGAAAUAAUGCAGAGACGUGGUUCCACAUCAGCAUGGAGAGCCGGCAAGAGGACAGGAGAGAAGAGAGAGACUUUAGGAUGCCCAAUUCACCAGCCGUAGCCCAGGAAGGGAGUCCCUGUCAGGGCGGUCUACGCUGGGCCAAGCUGUUCGGAGCGGCUGAUUGGUCCAUCAGAGCAGAGACAACAUCUCAGAGUCACAUCGAAGCACAAAACAGAAGGAAAUGUCGACCAUCGCAGUGGCUGCAUCUGGACAGAUCACAGCUCGGACUGUUGGCCCAAUCCAUCCGUUCACUGAAGCUCGGAGGACCGCACGCCAGCAGUCAGUGCUGAAAGCUCAGCCCUGUGUGGGGUGAAGGCAGACAGGGGACACUUGACACCGUCUAACUGCAUGGAAAUACAUAAAGAGUCCCCCACUCCCACUGCUUUACCUAAAGAAAAGCACAAGAAGAGAGAUCAGCUUUUCAGCGGCCCGUCUUCAUCAUAUCUUGAGUUGCAGCAGCUGUUUGGAAAUCAGUCCGGUUGUUUCAGUAAAACUUGUUUGCUGUAAUAAAUAGCAAUCUGACACCCAGGUUUUUUCCUCAUUCAGCUUAUUUGAUAUACAACACCGUGUUAUAUUUAAAACAAUAUCUCUAAAACAUUAUCAUUGAUGACAUUUCAAAUGCAGUUACUGUUUUGUCCACUAUAGCUUUGCGUACUAUGCAACAAUUAGCCUGAAGAGUCACUGUGUGUAAAUACUUAAUGUGGGAAAACGUCACCUUAGAACUGUCCGAUUUCAUGUUGGUUUAGCUUAAAUGUAUCAAUAUAUCUCAUUUAAACUUUCAAACAGCUGCUGCAGCCCCAUCCUGAUCUUAAGUCGUCUAUUAGUUGUUUUGUUUUUACAGUGUUCUUUUGUAAUGUGUGCUCAUGUUAAAUGUGAAUUAAGAUUUAUGAACAUAAGAUCCGUGUUUUUUUUUUUUCCUCUGCCGCAUAGCUGGAUAAAUAUGGGCCAUUGCCUUUUUUUUUUAACCUUUCUACUGUGGAUAAACAUGAUUAGGUGCUUAUGGUUCCCUCUGUAUUACUUGUGGGUGAAUAUCGGUCAUAAUAUGAAUGCUGAUGUGGACU